ACAGUACACUAUAAUAGAGCGCAAGUGUGUCAAUAGGUGUCGCUAUUGUAUUGCCAUUACUUUAUGUCAAGUCAUUGAACACUGAAUUCACUCAACACAACAUUGUCUCAAACAUUGUCACAAACAUUGUCACUGAAUACCAGCGCAAAGCAGAUCCAAGCCAUGUCUUUGCCCACUAAACACCAACGACUCGCUGAUGAGGCCAUCGGUGGCCAACUCGACGAUCAACGCUCUCUGAAGGCCGACAACGAGAUGCUCAUCAAUGGUUUCCAAUCGAUUCGUCAACGAGUGGUCGGAAAACAUCCGUUGGAAGCGUUGGAGAAGACAUAUCAGCAACGGAUGGAUAACCAGGGGUUCAGUCUCUUGAAGUCAGUUCAGGGCAUUCACGCGCCCCUCAGACUCAUUCACGAGCGCCGGGCGGCCCAACACAUGCGCCGACUGCCAGGCCUUAGCAGCUCUAACCUAAUGCUCGAUGUGUUGACCGGAAGGGACGAAGAGAUUGGUCCUCAAGACUAUCUCAACGGUAAUGUGAACGAGACACUGGAAGUGAUGGCACCGAUUCAUAUGUUAUGCGAACGCCAAUAAAAAUGUGUAUUAAAUCUAAAGUGAACUCAAAUCUAAAUUAUAACUUUUUUUCUAAUAAAUAACUUUUCUUAACAA